UUGAUGUUGAGGUUGGCGUUGAGGUUGACGAGGUGAAGUCUGGUUUGCCUAAAAGGGAGGCGGCGGGCCGCGGCAGAACCAGCAACCGCCCUUUUGCUCUUCUUGUCUAUAUCAACGUCAAACGUCAACAUCAACAUCAACGCUCGACAACUACAGCUCACAGUCACAGACACAGCUACGACUCGCUCGCCACUACGACACCGAGAGAUUAAUAAUUCAAAAUCCACUCCACUCUUCAACAUGUCCAUCUCCAGAAGACGGCUGUACGGAGCAACUUUAUUUGAGCCGCGGAGUUCCCAGUCCGCGGAUACACCUCGAAACAUCGGGAGACGCCGAUGGCAAAAGCAGGCGUCGCGCAGAGAAAUCAUCCGGGGCGAAGGACGGAUGUUGUGGAUAGUUAACGUUUGCUUAUAAUCCUCUUUGUGAUGGAUAUGCCACUGGCCUUGCUCAUUACUGGGGAAAAGAAGGAGAAAAUAAGAGAAUGGCGAUAUCUUUAUGGUUGGUGUUCGCGUCAACAAUCUGGUAGCAUACCGUGCCUGUGGCCAGGUUCGCGGUCUAUUAUGAUGUACAUGGACAUACGGCCUCCUUGCCGCCGGAUCAAACGUUAGCCCUAUGGGCUUGGGUUGGUGGUGCCUAACGAGAUCAAGCCUUGUUAACGGCCAUCAUUGUUGACUCUUGGAUAAUACCUAUUCCCCGAACAGACGGCUCAAGAUUUACUUCAAUUUUGAAAGAAAGUACCUGCUUUCUCAGCCUUCUGUAUAUGAACUGCAGCCCUGGCGCUUAUCUUUGAGCCAUCCAGGGGAUAUUCUAAAACAAAUAUCUCCCGAUAUGUGUAUUAACUCCCAGUUCGUAGCAGGAUUCGGCCCAGCGGAGUCUCAUCUUUGAUAAGUCAUGCCUCCACCUAGUCAACAUCGAUUAGCAAGCUGAGUUGAAGUCAGGCACCAACACACAGUAUGAUGGAGUAUGAUGGAGCAAAAAUAUGGAGAACUGGUGACGAGUCUGGAUAGCCUAAACUUAUACUAUGUUUCGUUAAACUUGGUUGCCUGCCAUCAAGUAGUCGGUUCUGUUUGUCUAACCGUAUCUCAUUAGUUUCAUCGUUCUGGGGAAACCAUCUGGAUUCAACCCUUUUCUGGAUAUAGAUAUCAUACGACAUCUAUUGCUGCCUAACCAACUAACUUGUGAUUUUAAUCAAAUGGCUCUGGAUAUCUCUGGCCGCAGAUAGCCCCGAACUGAUGCGCAGAGAGGGCAAUUUUUUAAAAUCCAAUCGCUUCAUGUGUACGGAGUACUAUAUUCAGGCUCACAAGACAGACAUUGCUUGAUUUAAAUGAGGUAGGCUGCACAAAAUUAAUACCAGGGCCAGAUGGGGAAGUCUAUCACUCUAAGAGGCAUCACUGCCAUUCGCAAGGUUGUCGAUGAGAGCUGUUUUGAUCUGGGAAAUAGGCUCCAUGUGCCACGUUCAUGAUGCUCAGCAAGCAAAGAGACGAGCUACUCAGCUAUACAGCAGGAGGGCAAGGGGAUGCGGCCUCAAAGGAGCCCCUGACAUUACUACCUAGUAUCCCGUACCAAGAUGGUUACUGGACAGUUGGUUGAGCGAGACCGGUUGUCUCGGGAUGAUUUCGGGCUUCUGGAAGAACUCUACCCGGAGUUGAAAAAGGCCAAAGUCCUUCAGGAUGAUGGCACUUUUGUUUCAAAGAGGGCAUCACUCCUUGUGUGCUACUCUCCCAUACCGGCGUGUUUCUUUGAAGAUACUGAUGCAAUAUUAGUUAUUUAUGUCGGUGCUAAUGUGUCUCUACUGGCAGCUGCGUUUGGAUAUUCAAGUCUCAAAAAGAAGCUGGCCGAUGUCAAGGGGAAUAUCUGUAUAAUAGAGCAAUAUAUGCAGUCACUGGCUAGUUAGCCGGCCCGGUGAGAAUUGGUGUAUGGAGUGUGAGUGUCUGAUAUACUUGAGGGCCAUGAUAUCACCUCGUUUACACUGUUUGAUACCCAUGUCAACAUCGAUUGGGCUGGUGUCAUGGUUGAGAGAGCCACGAAUAGGUGACGAGUCGAAUACUUUCAGAAAAAUAUCUUCGAUCCGCUGGGAAUCAAGCAUACAUCCUUCAUCCC